AUGGAACCACGCUCAAGCGUACCCAACAACACCUCGAAGCAGCAGAGUCCGGUCCGUACGGUCCAAGAUCCCGACGUGCACGGGCUGAUCGUGCUCUCGGACCCGUUUGAACUGUUCGAGGGGACGCAAAUAGUCUCGAGUGCGUCCGCUCACGCAAGGGGCAGUCGGAACUCCGAUGCGAGCUUCGAGCGACUGGAUCGGCUCGAAGGACUCCUUGAAGGGCUGGUACAGCAACAAACCGAGUUUUUGGUCAAUCAGAGGCGACUUGAAGGUCAGCUGAAGAGUCACGCCGAAGAGUCGCGCACGCCACCCUCCGAGAAUUCGUACGACGGGUCCAACGCGUCCACUGGCUUCAUCAGAGCGCGCGACCGUAGGAUGAGAAUGGGGUCAUUAGACGCACCGAGACCCACUGCUGCUCCGACUGCACCUAUGCGCACACCUCUGCAGUACCAGCCGCCGCAACAACAACAACAGGUGCCGCCACCGCACGUGGAGCAACCGGUCUUGCUACCGGUUAACUUCGGUGUCAAGAUCCAAAAACCGAGGAACCUGGAUUGGCCGAAGUUCUCCGGGAAGGAGACGUACGCGGCUAUUGGAGCCGACUUCAAGUCGUGGGGACUGCGGUUCCUUCAGCGACUCGGUGCUGCACAGCAGAUGAGCGGCGGGGACUGGCCUGCGGAGUUCAAGAUACUCACGCUUAACGGUAAACUGGAUGGCACCGCGCUCGUGUACUUCGAGAAGAUGCUGCCCGGCUGGACGGUAGUGUCGAACUCGCUUGAAUACGUCAUAAACAACAUGUUGAUACGCCGAUCCCGUCAGCGAAGGGCAUUGAGUUGA